AUGGGGACCACACCCCAGGAGCAGGAGCCCGCUAUGGGCGAGAAGGGCCCAAGUGAACUCCCCGCAUAUCGAGAAAGCGUUGACGAAGGCGCCAGCGGACCUGAAAAGAUCAGCACCGACCAUACACAUCGCAAACUAAAGCCCCGACAUAUCCAAUUGAUAGGUAUUGGAGGCACUAUCGGCACUGCCCUUUUCGUCCAGAUUGGAAAGGGCCUGUUAAACGGCGGACCGGCAAGUCGUUACGUUGAUGAGGCUUUUGGAGUUGCCGUUGGAUGGAACUUUUUCGUCUUCGAGGCGGCCCUGGUUCCUUUUGAGAUUGUGGCUUGCAAUUUCAUCAUCCAUUAUUGGAGUGAUGCCGUGCCGGCGGCAGGCAUUAUCACUAUUGUGAUUAUUCUUUACGCCCUUUUUAAUGUUUUCGCAGUCCAAUGGUAUGGAGAGUCAGAGUUUUGGCUUUCGCUGGGCAAAGUUAUACUUAUUGUCGGCGUUCUGAGCUACACAUUUAUCACUAUGCUCGGCGGCAGUCCGUUAGGCGAUCGAUAUGGCUUUCGGUAUUGGAAGGAGCCUGGAGCCUUUACAGAAUACUACAAGCCGGGAAGCCUUGGUAAAUGGCUUGGUUUUCUCCAGUGUUUGAUCCUAGCAAGCUUUACUAUUGCUGGACCCGACUAUGUUUCCAUGGCAGCCGGUGAAGCAGAAAAUCCGCGAGAAACGAUGCCGAAAGCCUACAAGGCCGUGUUCUACAGGUUGACUGCAUUCUUUAUGCUGGGGAGCCUAGCUAUUGGAAUCAAUGUGCCUUAUGACGACCCGACGAUGAAAGAUGCUUUUUUGAAAGACCUCCCUGGCGCCACGGCGUCCCCCUACGUCAUCUCUAUGCGCAGGCUGAAGAUCCAGAUACUCCCGGACAUUGUAAACGCAAUGGUUCUCUCUGCAGCGUUCAGUGCCGGUAAUAGCUAUGUCUACUGUGCUAGUCGAUGCCUCUAUGGCCUAGCUCUUGAAGGGAAAGCUCCUCGGAUUUUCACCCGUUGCGCACGCAAUGGAGUGCCCAUCUACUGCGUUGGAACUGUACUGCUUAUUGCGCUAUUAAGCUUUCUACAAGUCUCGAACAAUGCUUCUGUCGUCCUUCAGUGGUUCGUCAACCUAGUCACGGCAUCACAGUUGAUCAACUUUUCAGCUAUAACAUUUACCUACAUUCGAUUCUACAAGGCACUGAAAGCGCAGGGUAUCUCUAGAGACUCUUUGCCGUUCAAGAGCCGGUUCCAGCCCUAUCUUGCGUAUUACGCCUUUAUUGGGCCUUUUGUCAUGGUAUUUGUGGGCGGAUACACGGUAUUUUUGCCCGGGAAUUGGAGCAUCCCAACCUUCCUCUUUUCGUAUACGAUGAUUGCGGUUUGCCCCGUGAUAUUUUUUGGCUGGAAGUGGUACAAGCACACGAAGUUUUUGAAACCUGAAGAGGUGGACCUGGUUGAUGGCGUGGAUGAAAUCGAGGAGUACACACGGAAUUAUGUACCAACGCCUCCAAAGUAA